AUGAGUGCAAGUGAAAAGCAAACUGCGAUGGAUCAUGAAGAACCAGUGGCGGUUGAAGCAGAAAAUCACUGUGCCAACGAUGAACCAGUUGAUAGCAUGAAAAAGUUUGAAAAGGCCAUGAAAAAGGCACAAAAAGCUCAAAAAAUGCUGCAAAAGGUCAUGGAGGAAUUGGGCCGAGAAAUGCAUAAACAGAAACAGUGUAAAAAUAAAAAUAAGAAAAUUGGUGAGAAACGUAGACAUCGCUCACGUUCACGUGACGAAAGAGCUGGCAGUAGUGAUUCAAGCAGUGAUACUAGCUCUAGCUCGAGUUCAAGCUCCAGUGAUAGUGAGGUUGAGUUUGUUUCAUGCCAUUAUGGUGGUAAAGGACAUGGUGGUGGUGGUCAUCAUUCCCACCACCAUCCACAUCCCCAUCAUCAUCGUCACGGUGACAUACAUAAGAAACAUCAUCAUGGUCAUGGUCAUGGUGGUGGCGGCAGACAUCAUCAUGGUCACCGAGAUCGUUCACAUUCCAGAGGACGUGAUCGUUGCCGUUCUCGUGGUCAUUCAAGAGGUCAUUCGCGUGGCCACUCCAGAGGUCGUUCUCGCGGCUAUUCAGCCACUCGUGAUGUUGGUUACCAACAAAUGCCAUCAAUUGGUGGCUAUCGUUGUGGUACCGCAAACUCAACUGGAACAAUUGAAGAUCGUUUGCCAUUAGCUUUAACACUUUAA